AGUGGCUCCGGAACAGCAGUCACGCUGCUGUAUUGGAGAUUAAGGUCAGAGUCACGGCGCGUGUUUCUGAUACAGAUAGAUCAUCAUGGUGUUUCUGACUUUACCCUGCUGGAUCAGGAGCCGAGGACCCGACCGCUACUGGAAGGUGCAGGAGCUGCUGAAGAAUGCGCGGCACUUCAGGGGCAGAAAGAACCGCUGCUAUAAGCUGGCGGUGCGAACCGUCUGCAGGGCCUUCGUCUACGCAACCAAGGCCAGGAAGGUCAAACGACGCAGCAUGAGAACGUUGUGGAUAUCUCGUAUCGCUGCAGCUUCUCGUGAGCAUGGACUGAAAUACCCAGCGUUAAUACAUAACCUUGUAAAAAGCAGCGUUCAGUUAAACCGGCGGAUUCUGAGCGACCUGGCGAUCACAGAGCCGCGGACGUUCCAGGCUUUGGCGACGUUGGCGCGGGCGCGGCAGCAGGAGGGUCUGCGGGCGGCGCUGGGCGACGGGACAGAGCCGACGGGUGUGUUCUCACGUAUCACACAGCUGCAGUGAUUGGCUCUUCUCUCAGCCAAUCACAGAGCACUUAUCAAUACCAAAUCUCCAUGAAGCUCCAGAACAACCGAACCCUCGAACCCUCCUGCAGCUCCAGCAGAACCAAGACCUUCAACCUGAGAUGUACUGAAACCUGAUUCUGUACCACUGUUUUCUUUUAAGGUUCUCCAGCAUCCAAAUAGUGCCCUGAUAUGACCUGGUACCAUAAUGAACCAUGGUUUUCACUAAAGUCCUCUACUUUAAAAGGACCCCAUUUUCUUGUUUUUUUUUUCCCAUAUAUGUACUUACUGUGAGCGUCCUGACCAAUCACAGAUCCAGAUCCAUUUCCAGAGUUGGGUGAUAUUAAACAUCAUCAUUACUGAUUCUAAAGUGUGUAUUUUACUAUACUUUUCUCCAUAGCAAUGCGUAUCACAGUAUGUAGCAAUAAGAUUGCCAUAACAGUAUUUAAACAAUUCCGUUUAAACAAGCCCCUCACCUUGCCCCAUUCAGGCUCCGCCCACCAAUUACCUUAUCCUUUUAUAUUUACUGUUACCUGACUGGACAAGCUUUUUAAAAUGCAGGUAAAACCCUGAAAGGAAGGCUUUAUCACAACACCUACAUUUAAGGCCCUUUUACACUGUAUCCUGCACAAAUUUAACAGAGGCAUUUAAAUCAGGCUGACCAAUCAGAACGAGAGGCCUAUAACUGCAGACCAAACAAAUUAUACUGAAGCUGCAGAAGAGAGCUUAUAAUCUCUAAUCAGCACACAAUAUAAAAAUGUGGAGUUGAAAUUAAUAAAUUCCAAAGGAAAGCCAAGUGUGUCGAUGUUUUAUAAAAUUUGUCUCGUAGCAUCCUAGUCUGUUCGUUUUCCUCUUAUAACUAGAAUUAUAGGAGGAAGAUAAAGAGAGCAGAAAAAGGAGCAGAAAUCAGAUAGAUAAAAUGAAACAAUUACAUUUUUCGACACAUUUGUGCAGGAUUUACUAUGUUAAAAAUUUAUCUGUUUUUUUGUGUUAACAGGCCUUUCGAAUUUAAUCAUUAUUCUGUACAUUUAAUUAAGCAUUUUGUAAAGUAGUUAAACAGUAGUUAAAAAGAUUUCCUGAAGUACAGAUUAGGAGACGGAGCCUGAGGUUAUUUACCCUCUAUUGAGGUACAUUAUCAAAAUUGUACAGACUCUGGGGGACUUUUGGGGGACUUUUUCAGUGACAAUUCUAAAAGACAGACUCUGGAGAACUGAGAUACGCUGCACUGCAGGGUUUACAAACUUGUUUGAGCAUACAAAACAUUACACUGUUAUAAUGCAGCAUUUCAGUGUGAAACAGAGCAUGAAUAGGGGUCAGAGAUUUGUACAUGAAUGGUUGGUUGGUGAUUCAUAUUGGAGAAGGCCUGUGAGUGGAGUGGAGAAGUGCAAGGGAAUGUACUUAUUUUGGUUUGAAAUGUGUGAUUGUAUGUUGUAUGUUAUUGUGUCUGUAAAUAUAUGUGCCAUUUUCUGUUCCUGUUAAUAAAUUGUUUUCCUAUUUAAAAUCUU